ACACGGGACCUCUCUCCCCGGCUCAUUUGCUGCAGAGAUUGUUACAGCAAUUAGCUACAGUGCCGCCUCUUCGCUACAGGAGGAACGGAUUCGGGGAGUGAAAACAUCUGCAGUUCCUUCUGACACUCUCUCCGCCGCCUGGUGUGUGGGGGGCGGGGGAUGGACCGGCGCCAGUGUGGGUGAGCCGGGCCGGGCCGGGCCGGGCCUGAGAUGGAGGAGAGCGAGAGACGAGGCGGGAAACCGCGGCCACAACGUGGAGUGGAAGCGGGAACCGGCCGGGGAAUGCCCUUGGGCACUGAGGAUCAUUGGAAAGUCCUCUUUGACCAAUUUGACCCCGGCAACACGGGCUACAUCAGCACGGAGGCAUUCCGUGGCCUCCUGCAGUCUCGAGGCUCGGAGCUGGAGGCCCACAAGCUGCAGGUUCUGCUGGCCCUGGCUGAUGACAGCCCCCAGGGCAGGGUCUGCUACCAGGACUUUGUCAACUUGAUGAGCAACAAGCGCUCCAGCAGUUUCCGCCGUGCCGUGCAGCGGGGGAAGGGGAGAGGUGGCUCCGACUCGCUGCUGGAGGAGCGGGGGCUGAGCCUGGGCCGGCGGCUAGUCCGACACGUGGCGUACGAGACCCUGCCUCGACACGCAGACCGUCGCUGGUACUACGACACUUACACCUGCUGCCCGCCGCCCUGGUUCAUCAUCACCAUCACCCUCCUGGAGGCAAGUUCACACGCUGUAGCAGCUGAAGCAGGCCAUUCGGCCCAUCGAGACCGCUCUGCCAUUCAUUCGUGGCUGACCUAUGAUCCAAGGGUGGUGAAUCUGUGGAAUUCUUUGCCACAGAAGGUCGUCAGUGGAUAUAUUUACUACGGGCAGGGCACAGGCCUUUGCAGGUGCGACCCAAUCGUACGAGGAGCGGCCCGGGCCCCAGCUACGCACACAGCUGGCAUCGCCUGGCUGGGCUUCGUGCACGUGGUGGAGCAGCUGGGGUUCAGUGUGACGCUGCAGCUCCUGGUGGGGGUGCCGCUGGAGAUGGUUCACGGCGCUCUCCGCAUCGGCUUCAUCUACGUCACCGGAGCCCUGGCAGGUUCACUGGCUACAUCGGUAGCAGACAUGACGGCCCCGGCAUUCGGGUCCUCUGGAGGAGUCUACGCCCUCGUCUCUGCACAUCUGGCCAACGUCGCCAUGAAUUGGUCCGGAAUGAGAUGUCAGUUCAAGCUUUUCCGGAUGGGAAUAGCCAUGAUCUGUAUGAGCCUGGAGUUUGGCCGUGCGGUCUGGUUGCGGUUUCGCCCGCCCGCCCACCCAUCCUGUGCCCACCCCAGCUUCGCCUGCCACCUGGGGGGGGUGAUGGUGGGCAUCACCCUGGGGGUGGUGAUCCUCAAGAACUACGAGCAGAAACUCCACGAGCAGUCCCUCUGGUGGAUCUUUGUCAUCGUCUAUCUCAUCUUCGUGUCCUUUGCCGUCCUGUGGAACAUCUUUGCCUAUGGUCUCCUGGACAGCCGGCUGCUCCCUCCAGUCUAGACAUGAGCCACAGCCCAGGUGACCAAAGACCCUCCCUCUGCAUUGAUUCAAACAAUCGGACAUACGU